CAGGAAGCCCAUAAGAUGGUGAGAGAAGCAAAUGUCAAGCAGGCAACAGCAGAAAAACAGCUAAAAGAAGCACAAGGAAAAAUUGACGUACUUCAAGCUGAAGUAGCUGCACUGAAGACACUUGUAUUGUCCAGUUCUCCAACAUCACCUACGCAAGAGCCCCUGCCAGGUGGAAAGACACCUUUUAAAAAAGGGCAUACAAGAAAUAAAAGCACAAGCAGUGCUAUGGGUGUCAGUCAUCAGGACCUCAGUGUGAUACAGCCAAUUGUAAAAGACUGCAAAGAGGGAUUCUUCACUUCCAUUGUCUACCUGGCUGACCUUGGAGUAUCUGCUGGAAACUUGGCUGAUUUAUCUUUGUAUAAUGAAUUCAGAUCUUGGAAGGAUGAGCCCACCAUGGACAGAACAUGUCCUUUCUUAGACAAAAUCUAUCAGGAAGAUAUAUUUCCAUGUUUAACAUUCUCAAAAAGUGAGUUGGCUUCAGCUGUUCUGGAGGCUGUGGAAAAUAAUACUCUAAGCAUUGAACCUGUGGGAUUGCAACCUGUUCGAUUUGUGAAAGCUUCUGCAGUCGAAUGUGGAGGACCAAAAAAAUGUGCUCUUACUGGCCAGAGUAAGUCCUGUAAACACAGAAUUAAAUUAGGGGACUCAAGCAACUAUUAUUAUAUUUCUCCUUUUUGUAGGUACAGGAUCACUUCUGUAUGUAACUUUUUUACAUACAUACGAUAUAUUCAGCAGGGACUUGUGAAACAGCAGGAUGUCGAUCAGAUGUUUUGGGAAGUUAUGCAGUUGAGAAAAGAGAUGUCAUUGGCAAAGCUGGGAUAUUUCAAAGAGGAACUCUGAUGCUCUGCGUGGUACCGUGCAUGAACCUCCCUGAAAAACUGAAAAAUGGCUGAAUAUUUUUAUGGUUACUUGAUAUUUAUUUCCAAGGAGUGGGCCCAAGACUUUUUCCCCCUUUUGCAAAUUACGCUAAGUAGUACCAUGAUUUCUUUUAAAACUGACCUAUGCUGUGUUUGCUUAUUCUUUAGUUGAACGCACUAUAAAAAAUUACAGGCGUACUAGUGAUUGUAAUUUAUAAUUGCAAAAAAAACACCCCACCCCACAACUAAAUAAAUGUUAGAUUGAAAAUGUGUUUUUUUUUUCUCUUCCAGCUUUGACAUGACAUUUAGGGUCAACAAAAUGUAUUAAAUAGUAAUUUUCAAACUGCACAGCAGCCUGUGAGAGGCAAGGAAGAAGUCUAAGUAGACAGGACUCACCUCUGCAUGGCCCCCACUCCCACUAGAAAUGCUCUAUUUUUAUCUGUUUUAUGUGUUGAACAUCGCAAAAAGAUUUUAUUUCAAGAAGGAAUUCUACUGCUGAAAAGUUUGAAAGUUACUGUUUUAAUCAUUCUCUCUGUAAUUUAAAGAAUUCCUUUAUUAUGGUGAUUUGUUAAAUUUAAUAGAUAAAGAGCAGUCAUAGUUUAUCCCAGAGAUGCAUUCUUGAGCAUCUUAAUGUAAUGUGUUCAUAUUUUUAUAUAUUUUGAGCCCUGUAUUGGCACUGGAGGGAUAUAAAGAUAAAUAAGGAGUUUAAUGUGUGCCCAAGGAGGUUUGAGGUGGUAUGAGUUGAAACAGUGGUACAUGGAAAGUAUAUACUGAUCAUAGAACCAAUUGAUCUGUAAGUUGCAAAUUGUAAAACUGACUCAUGGAGAAACUAUUUAUUAAAGUUAUUUAUAAAAGAGGUUCGUGGUAGAAAUAUAUUAAGUAAAGAAAAGCAAAAAGAAGUGAAAAGCCACUUUAAUCUCUCAUCUAGAGAAAGCUAUCAUUAAUAUUUCUUUCAGCUUUCAGAUAUUUUCUACCUAUAUAUACAUAUUUCUGAAACAACAAGUAGAUUCUCUUGCUUUUUUUCUUAACUUAAAUAUUUUUUCCCUGUUUCUAAAUCUAAACAUAUUAAUCACUGUAUGUUGCUUAUGGAAUUUUUAACAUAAUUAUGUUUAGAUGUUGGGGGAUUGUUUUACAUGUGAAUAGAUUAAUUAAGAAUGUGCAAGCUCUAAUUUUAAAGUGCAAAAUAUUGUAAAAUGGCAUAUGCUUUUUAAAAUUUAUAUAAAAAUUAAUAGAAACUGGACAAAUA